AUAGUGAUGUUUAGUUCUGAUAGAUUGUAUCCUGUUAAAACUAAUUUCUGCUAGGCAUGGAUGUUGAUAUAAUGAAAAAACUGUCACAUAGAAAAUAAUUUUUUAGUCGUGAUUAGUCAAUGAUUUUUUUUAUAUCGAUAUUUUUAAACCAGCACUUGUGAACACCUUACUUUUUUGUGAAAUCUUUGCUACAAUCACUCUUCCGAAGAAUUUUUGUGUAGAUCUGAUCGUCAGUGGAAGUUUGCGAUUUUCCUGUCAGAUUGAAAUUACAUAUUUAGUAACAAUCUGAGAAGUUCUUGCAUUUGUCCAAGCUCAAGUUUUACAACAAUGGAUUACUGGUUAUAUGUUCUACCCAUAAUCUUCUUAUGCGGAACUUUUGCUCAAGAUCCAUGUGAAGAUUCGGAUGGAUGUGAAGAUGUCACCAAAACAUGGUGUUCCCUUUCUCCCUCAUUAAAGGAAAUUUGUCCGAAAACAUGCGGUACGUGUCCCACAACACCUAAACCAACAGUUGCCUCCACCCUGUACUCAUGUGAAGACGACCUCCCCAGAUGUAAAGCUUGGAAAUCUUCUUGCGAUAACAACUACGUUAAAACAAAUUGCAGGAAAACAUGUGACCUAUGCGGCUGGUCAAUUUGCACUAAAUCAUGUGGAUAUGGGACAAGACACAGAAGAGUAUGCGAUGAAAAUGGUAAAUGCACAGAGGAAUAUGAAGAAUGUGGGACUGAGUCAUGUAGAAGUGCAGAUUGCACCAGUGAAACUGAAGAUUACCGGUACGGAAUUCCUCACCAAUGUUGCAAAAAAGAAUCAUAUUUUUUUUCGUGCGGUCAGUCAAGCGUAGCUAGUAAAGCUGUUGGUGGCGUCAACGCUGACCGCAAGAGAUGGCCUUGGACGAUUGCCAUAAUUCCUAACAAUAACGAGUUUUGUGGUGCGGUUCUCGUGAAUAACAAGUUCUUAGUCUCCGCUGCACAUUGCUUUGUAAAUGAUCAAGGCAACCUACGCAAUACAAAGAAAUGGAAAUUGUAUUUUGGAAUAACCAAGUUGUUUCAAGACAAACCGAAGGAGAUAAGAAAUAUCAAAUCUGUGACAGCACAUCCUGAAUAUAAGUUUCCAAAUAACGAUAUUGUUGUUAUCGAGAUAGACAGGAAAGUUAAAUACUCAGCUGAAAUUACUCCAAUAUGUUUGCCGGGUGGAGAAGUCACUCCUCAAGAUACCAAAUGCUUUGUUACCGGUUGGGGUGUUAGUGACAAAUCAGGCGGAUCAAUUACCACCCAUAUGCAAGAGGCUGGAAUCUAUAAUCUUGACCGAAAAAUUUGCCAAGAAGCUUAUAAGGAUAUUCCAUACAUGGGCAAUGUUCUGGCUUUCCUGAAUUCAAACAAAGGCUAUCUAUGUGCCGGUCAUCUAACAAAGAAAAUUGACAGUUGUCUGGGAGAUAGUGGAGGACCUCUUGUUUGCCAGAGAUGUGAUUCUUGCGAUUGGUAUCUUGCGGGUAUUGUGUCUUUUGGUCACUACGAUUGUGGAUCUAUUGGAGUUCCAGGAGUCUAUACUAGUAUUCUUGACGCAGAAGACUGGAUAAACAGCAUAACGGGAAUGAAAAAAGAUUUGUAUGGGUGUGACAGAAAAUAUGGCCCGUAGUUUUAUCAUGUUGUACUUCUGUCAAACUAUUUGCAUUCAUUUUGCUCCUAAUAUAAAACCUUGUUGGUGUUUUUAUGAAUUAUUGUUAAACUUGAUUUUUAGCAGCAUAGUAUAAAUUCAAAUGCUUUAUUUUAAAAUGAUGUGGGAAAUAUAGUCAAUUGAUUGACAAAUCUUCUACUACUUGCAUUUUAGAUUAGCUUCAUUGAAUAUAUAAUCCGUAAAAUACAAGUCAAAAAGAAAA